AUGGAUACCAACACAUUAGCAUUGUUUGCAACCCUGACCUCAUAUCCUACACCCAACCCAUCAUUAUUUCUCUCAACUUUUGAAUCAUCUAAAAUUCACUAUUUAAUGGACACAUACAAAAAUAUACACACCACCACGACUGAUAAUAAUAAUAAUAAUAAUAAUAAUAAUAAUAAUAAUAAUAAUAAUAAUAAUAAUAAUAAUAAUAAUAAUGGUAAUAAUGAUAUGGGAAUUAUUAUCCAUUCCAUUCGUGAAAUCGUUUAUGUAAACAGCAAGCUUUCUAAAAAAAGAUUACACUAA